AUGUCCUUGAUCAAUGAAGUAGGAAUUUCUUUCAGGAAAUAUAUUUUUGAAGCACUUUCAAAAAUAUCAGGAUGGAAGAUUCUGAUUAUGGAUGAUGCCGCCACACGAGUAUUAUCAUCAUGUUUUAAGAUGCAAGAUAUUACUGAGUUUGGCAUAACUCUUGUCGAAUCUCUCAAACGCAAAAGGCAGAAACUUAAUAUGCCAGCAAUAUACAUAAUGCGCCCUAGAAGAGCGGAGGUUGAGUUGCUGUUACAAGAUUUUCCAUCUUCGGGUCCAACAUAUACAAGCGCGCAUGUCUUUUUCCUGUCAGCAUGUUCGAACGAUUUACUCAAACAGAUUGCAUCGUCACAAUCAAUCCGAUACUUCAAGACAUUGAUGCAAUUGUCAUUGGAUUUUAUACCUUUGGAAUCACAUCUCUAUACUCUAGAUGCUAUGGAGACAUCACAACUUUACUUUUUACCCGCUGAUAUUGUUCAUGACAAACUUAGUCGAAUCGAUCAGAUUGCUGAACAGCUAGCUUCUGUAUGUAUAACGUUACAAGAAUACCCGAAAAUUUGUUAUCACAAAACUGACACCAACUUGGAGUUGGCUCGUUUAGUUCAACUGAAGUUAGACACAUACAAAGGUGACAAUCCAGCUUUGGGUCAGGGUUCACAUAAAGAUCAAAGUAUUUUAUUAAUCGUUGAUCGUAGUUUGGAUCCUGUUAGUCCUCUUUUGCAUGAAUUAACGCUUCAAGCUAUGUGUUAUGAUUUACUUGAUGUAGAGGAUAAUUCAGUUGUAUUUGAUGGGAAUCGUAAAGCAAAUGUAGCUGAAGGAGAUACGUUGUGGAGAGAGUUGCGGCAUCAACAUAUUGCAGAUGUCACGAGGACACUCCCUCAACGAGUUCGUGAAUUUGCUGAAAGUAAGAAACAAUUCGCAGAGUUCGAAGAAGCCACAGCAUCUCCUGUUUCAUCAAACGAUGAUAAAAAUAAAAGUGCCGUUGGACUAAGAGGUCUUUCCGAUCUAAUUAAACGUAUGCCACAAUAUCAAACAGAAGCGGCCAGUUAUGCAGCUGCUUAUCAUGUCGUUGAAACGUGUAUGAUUAAUUUUAAAAAGGGUGUAGAUAAACUGUGUGAAAUUGAACAGGAUCUUGUAAUGGGAGAAAACGCCCAAGGUGAACCAGUAAUCGAUCCGAUGCGUGUAUUGGUUGAUAUAUUCAAAUAUGAUUUUACAUCAGUGGAGGAACGUUUACGCCUAGUGUUAAUCUUUUCUCUCAUUAAAGAAGGAUUCGCAGAAACUCAUUUGGAUAAAUUACUAGAUUGUGCUCAAAUUCCAAGAUCAUAUAAACCGUUAUUUGCAAGUAUUUCACUGAUUUUAAGUGCACAAGUGAUUCAAGUUGAUCCUGUCACAAUGACGUUACCCACUCAGACAAAUAUUCCACAAUUUCAGUUAGGCAGAUGUGUAUGUCUUCAGCGUCUACCACCAGUGAUGAAAGUUGCUAAAGUUUUACAAACCUUUCUUCCAUCAAAAAAGAAACGUGUAGAUCGUGUUGAUGUCAGUUCAUAUGCACUUUCUCGUUGGACACCAUAUCUAUUAGAUAUUAUGGAGCAAGCUAUUUCAGGAAAGUUGGAUAAGUCACGGUUUGGAUUUGUUGUUGCAAAAGGCAUCAAAGAUGUUCAUGGGCUUGGUAAUGUUGUAGAUACUAGUUCUAAAGGAUAUAAAAAGCCAUCUGCACGAUUUCAUGCCAGUGGAGUUUUAUCCUCUGGUUCAUCAGCAUCCAGUUCUGUUAGAUCGCCUAGUCCAAAUCCGGGGAAUGAUCGUAGUGCAGCUUCAGCGUCUUCGAUGUCUGAACACUGUGGUCCUCGUCUUAUCGUUUUUGUUGCCGGUGGCUUUACACUAUCCGAAGCUAGAGUUGGCUAUCAGCUGACUCAAAAAUGUGUAGAAACUCGUCUUGCUUCUAGCGAUGAAACUACCGGAAAUCUUGCUACACCUGGUGUACCAGAAGCGACACCAGUCAUUCCAGGCGGUGGAGGAGUUGGUUGGAACUGGGAAGUUGUUGUCGGUGGUACACACUUGUUGACACCAAAAGUAUUUUUAGACAAUCUGGAGAACAUGGCAAAAAUUAUAAUGCCACCAGUCACCACUGCACCAAUACCUGAAUCUAUACUUCGUCGGGUUUCUCUUCAACCACCGCAUCGAGGAUAA